GGUUGACAAGUGACACGUAUUUUUGACUUUGAGUUAGAAACUCAUCAAAAACUGCCUUUAAUCACCAUAUGUAAAAGUGAAAACACCCCUUAUGCAAUAUAAAUAACCCAAUGAUAGAUUCCAAUCAUUAAAAUGGACAUUGACGAUGUAUUUCGCGAGAUCGGGGAGUUGGGCCGGCAUCAGAAGAAAAUAUUUUUGGCUGUGGCACUUCUCAAUGGGUACAUUGCCUUUCACAACCUGAACACGGUGUUUAUUGGUGCCAAGCCGGCGUUUUCCUGCUUGACAGCUGAUGGAUCAGUUGUUGUCAACACUUGCGACUUGGAGUGCAAAACGUUUGAAUAUUCGCACGAGUUUACUUCCAUUGCAACCGAGUGGCAUUUGAUAUGCGGCGAUGCCUACAAAAUCAGCCUGGUGCAAUCUGUAUACAUGUUUGGAGUCCUCAUCGGCGCUCUCCUCUUUGGGAUCAUCUCGGAUAAAUACGGGCGAUUCUGGACUGUCAUGUACACCACUGUCGGCCUAACAAUCGCAUCCUUCCUGUCAUCCUUCCCAUACAACUUGGAGAUGUACUUCGCCCUAAGAUUCAUGACGGGAUUCCAUUGCGGUGGUGCGAUUCUUGUCUCCUUUGUACUUUUGACAGAGUUAGUGGGGUCGUCCAAACGCGCUCUGUGUGGAAUGCUCAUGCAGUUGUUCUUUGCUGUAGGCAUAAUGGUAUUUGCGUUGUUUGCGUAUUUUAUUCGAGAAUGGAAGACGUUAUCGGCAGUGACGGCAGCUAUAGGGACUUUUAAUUCACUUUUAAUUUAUUGGUUUGUUCCAGAGAGUCCAAGAUGGUGCCUCAUUCAGGGAAAGGUCCAGCAGGCUGAAAAAAUCCUCGAAAGUAUAGCCAAGAAAAAUGGUGCUAAGUUAACAGAAAUCAAAUUGUCACCACCAGCUAAAAGUCACGAGGGCCAAAAAUAUUCCAUGGUUGAUCUGUGGAAGCAUAAACUCUUGAGGAAAAGAACGAUAAUUCAGAUUUAUGCUUGGUUUGUAAAUAGCGCUGUCUAUUACGGGCUGACCAUGAGUGCUGGAUCCCUUGGGAGCAGUAUGUAUAUAAGUGUAGCCUUGUCUGGUGCUGUAGAAUGGCCUGCUUACCUCCUGACCAUUGUUUUAUUGAGCAGAAUUGGACGAAGGUCGAUUCUGUGUUCCUACAUGGUUUUAGGAGGACUGUGUUGUAUAGGAGUUAUGAUGUUUCCAGCAGUUUAUUCCAAAACCAUCACUACCUUAGCCAUGAUGGGAAAACUUACCAUCGCUGCGUCUUUUGCUGUCAUUUAUGUAUAUUCUGCUGAAUUAUUCCCGACUGUAAUACGAAAUGUUGCAAUGGGUUUGACUUCAGUGGCCGCGAGGACGGGAGGAAUAAUGUCACCUCUCAUUAUUGCACUUAUUGACAUCCAUCGCACUCUGCCAUAUCUAGUCUAUGGUAGUCUCGCCUUCACUGCCGGGCUUCUCUGCAUAAUGCUGCCCGAGACGUUCGGGCAGCCGAUGCCCGAGACCUUCGAUGACAUUCUCGACGAGGAUACCAUGAAGAAGACAGAUAAAAAGGGAAAGAAGUUGAUCUCAGAGGAUCGCGUGAAACUUUUGCAAGAUAAAGUCGAUGAGCACAAUGAAUUUGAUCAGGUUUAUCAUGUGUGAUGGCUGAGGUUUCCAUUGGAAUAAGGCCUAGGGUUCCUUGGAGUGAGGAUUUCUGAGGGUAUUGAAUGCAGGGGGAUAGCAAGCUUUUUGGUCGUGGUGGGGGCGAAAGACUGGGGAGAUGAACAAAAUGACCCUUUUUGAAUUUCUUUUGCCAAAAUCAUGGUUAGUGACUUAUGGGGAAGAAUUUGACUACUAUGGCUUCAGAAUAAUCUUGGUUGGAGGUGAGUUAAGAGGCAGGUUCACUUGUGCGGUAACGAAAUGAAUAAUGGUUACAGUAUUUUUCAUUCACUGCCAUAAUCUUCACGAACAUAAAAUAUUGGCCUCUUGUCUUUGCUUUUAUGACCUGUUUUUUUGAUUUUGUCUAAAAUUUGCACUGAUAAGUUCUACUUACAGUUUUUGGUUCAACUGCGUAAAAUAUACAUGUAGUAUUUAGAUAACAGUUAAAGAACACUCUAUACAUCGAUGAUACUUCUCACAAAAUUUUACAGAAUUGACAAAAAAUAUGGACAAUCCAUUUCUCUCUGUGCUCAUAUGGCUUUAUUAUUGUAUGCUACUUGGCCAGUUUCCUUGUGGCUAGCAUGUACAUUCAGUAUUUAUUGAAUGCAGGGGUACAGCAUGCUUUUCGGUCUUGGUUGGGGCAUACAACUUUCUGGGAGAGGUGCCUCUUCUUCUUCUUCUUCUUCAGCGUUCGCUCUGCACUUGGAGGGGUCAUUCUCCUAGGAGUAAUCCUCCUCCAAGGCGGGAUGAGCGUAUCCUGCGUGCCACUACGGUUAGGCGUCAAUUGGGUUUAUUGGCCUAGAGGUCCGACUUUGGCGAGAGAGAUAGAGUCCACGCAAGCUACUCAUGUUUCUCACUUGGUGGGGUCUUAGCUUGCCCUGGCAUAGACACCAGGUACAAGGAACCUCGGUUUUGAGUCUCAUUCGAAGGACUGUGAAGAGCCAGGAAUUUUAGUUCUUUGAAAGCCACGCCGGUUCAUCCAGACAUACGAUCCUGGGUUCUCCCCGGGAUCGAACCCGGGCCUUUUUGCGUGGUGGCCAGCAGUGUAAACCACUAGGCCAUGAGGCUCCUUUGGGAGAGGUGCAAAAUGAUCCUUUUUGAAGAUUUUCGGUGGUGACUUCUGGGGAAGCAUUUGACUAAUAUAGCUUCAGGACAAUCUUGGUUGGAGGUAAGUUAACAGGCAGGUUCACUGGUGAGUUCACGAAAUAAAUAAUGGUCGCAACAUCUUUUCAGUCACUGCUAUAAUCUUCACAAACAUAAAAUAUUGGUCUCUUGUCUAUACUUUGAUGACUUGUUGGCUCACCGUAAGGGGAGUCUAUACGAUAGCGCUGUGUCCGUCGUCGUCGUCGUCGUCGUCGUCGUCGUCGUCGUCGUCGUCGUCGUCGUCGUAUCCUAACAGUGGCACGUUUCUUAACUGCUAGGGCUAUGAACUUGAAACUUUGUACACAGAAUGCCCUAGGUCAGCUGACCUCUGACACUGAUUUUCGGUCCGAUCUGAUUCUCUGUUUGGCCACCAGGGGGCCAAAUGUCGAUAUCUAAAAAGUGUGAUAUCUCGCUUAUUAGUGACUUGUUUUCGAUAAAACUUUUGUUGUAGGUACUCAUAGCAAAUAUACAUUUUAUAUUAUACGGGUUUUUAAUUUGACCUUGUUUUCAAGG